GUGUGUGAUCGCAGUCAGCCGGAGGAAGCGCCUCCCGUUGUCCCCCUCCUCUCCAUCCUCACACGCCGAACCAGAACCACUCAUCUCUCCCCUCCUCCAGGCUUCACAUCCGGGUCACCCGCCAGCAUCUGCGUCUCGCGUCGCUCCGUGUGUCCGACAGAGCAACGCUCGCUCCGGCCGUCGCCGCGCCGCCCCGCAGCCCCCCGGCCGACCGCGCGCCUCGCCGAGCGGACACUGCGCCCGGCGCGCACCGGUGACGAUGGAGCCGCGCGCGCUCUGAAGCUGCAGCCGGUCGCACAAAGGGCGGCGAUGAGACGGUAGGAGGCUUUCGUGUGGGCUAGCCCGCGGAGAUCCACUCGCCCCAAAGAUGUCGAAGAGCCUCAAGAAGAAGAACCACUGGACCAACAAAGUCCACGAAGCGGUGAUCGCACGCGGCAAGGAGGGGGAGCUGGGGUUCGAGCUGAGGGGGGGCGCGGAGCACGGCCAGUUCCCCCACUUCGGCGAGGUGAGGCAGGGCAAGGGACUGAUCCAGGGCGGCAAACUGGCCCAGGACGAGCUGCUGCUGGAGGUCAACGACAUGCCCGUGGCGGGACUCACCACCCGGGACGUGCUGGCCGUGAUCAAACACUGCAAAGACCCGGUCCGCUUCAAAUGUGUCAAGCAAGGGGGAGUGGUUGACAAGGAUUUGCGGCACUACCUCAACUUGCGCUUCUCCAAGGGCUCAGUGGACCACGACCACCAGCAGAUCAUCAGAGACAACCUCUACCUCCGCACCGUUCCCUGUACCACUAGGCAGCCCAAGGAGGGGGAGGUGCCGGGGGUGGACUACAACUUUGUGAGUGUGGAGCGUUUUAUGGAACUGGAGCAAAGUGGAGCCCUGCUAGAGAGCGGAACCUAUGAAGAUAACUUCUACGGCACACCCAAACCUCCAGCGGAGCCCUCCCCUGCAGCCCCUCCUCUGAAUGUGAGUGAGGCCCUGCUGCCCGGAGCCCGGCCCAGCGCCCAGGGCAAGAGGAAGAGGAACCAGUCAGUCAGCAACAUGGAGCAGCGCGCCAGCCUGGAGCCGCCUGAGGAGGAGGAAGAGGAAAGCCCGGUUGUCAAUGGCAAUGGGGAGGCCAUCACACCAGAGUCCAGUGAACAUGAGGACAAGAGCACAGAUGCCUCUGGGGAGGUUGCUGUCGAAGUGUCCAGCCAGGCCCCGGCCUCCAUUGAGCCCCCCACCGAAGGAGAAGAGGCCCCCAAAUCUCCCUCUAAAUCCCCCAUCAAAGUCCCAGAUGUAGAUGAGGAAGAGCUCGGUCCUCUGCCUGACAACUGGGAGAUGGCCUACACUGAGAAGGGGGAGGUCUACUUCAUUGAUCACAACACCAAAACAACAUCCUGGCUGGAUCCUCGGCUCGCGAAGAAAGCUAAGCCACCGGAAGAAUGCAGGGAAGACGAGCUGCCCUAUGGCUGGGAGAAGAUAGAUGACCCCAUCUAUGGCAGCUACUAUGUAGAUCACAUUAAUCGAAGGACUCAGUUUGAGAACCCAGUCCUGGAAGCCAAGAGACGCCUGGAGCAGCAGCAGCAGAUGCAGAGCCAGGGACUGUCUGCUCUACCAUUGCCCACUAUAUACAGAGAGAAGCCAUUAUUUACGAGAGACCCAACCCAGCUGAAGGGCACCUUCCUGUCCACAGCUCUGCAAAAGAGCAACAUGGGAUUCGGCUUCACGAUUAUAGGAGGCGAUGAGCCGGACGAGUUCCUGCAAGUGAAGAGUGUGAUACCAGAUGGACCUGCCGCCCAGGACGGAAAGAUGGACACAGGUGACGUCAUCGUCUACAUCAAUGACAUCUGUGUGCUCGGCACCACGCACGCCGAUGUUGUCAAACUGUUCCAGUCGGUACCGAUUGGUCAGAGUGUGACCCUCGUGCUCUGUCGAGGAUAUCCUCUGCCUUUUGACCCUGAGGACCCCAGCGGAGCAGCAAGCGCCUCUCUGACACCCAUUGGCCUGGAACACCGCCCCCUGGUGGUGAAUGGCCGCAGCAGCUACGACCCGUACCUGGAGUACCUGUCCCUGAGCUCCCAGCUGCCUCCGCAGGCUCUGGCCCAGGUGGGAGGGCAUCACCCCGGGGACACGCAUCUAGAUGGCUCAUCCCUGCCGCCCACCACACCUGGCUCCGCCUCGGCACUCACACCUCAUGAAGACAACGUGUCCAUGGCCUCCUCAGGAACUGCAGGGGUUGCCGGGGCAACAGCACAAGGGGCAGAGCUGCUGACGGUUACCAUGGUGAAAGGGAUGGAGGGAUUUGGGUUCACUAUUGCUGAUAGUCCCACUGGUCAGCGAGUCAAACAGGUGCUGGAGCCGGGCUCACAGGCAGCGUCGGGGCUGAUAGAGGGAGACCUGAUCCUGGAGGUGAACCAGCAGCCAGUGGCUGCAGCGGGGCAUGGACGAGUGGUGGAGAUGCUAAAAGAGUGUCCGGUGGGAGCCGAGGCAACGCUGCUCAUACAGAGAGGAGCAGGCCACAUCUCUCCGUGGAAGGCCUCCAAACAGUUGACUGACCAGUGGGACCCACAUGGCAGCCCCCAGGUGAACCUGUCUGGCCCAGUCUUGCCGCCUGGCACGCCCUUCCCAAACCAGCCACAGCACCGCACUUCUGUGCCUGACUCAACUGAAGGCUUCGACCUUAACAAACCUGAUCCUUAUGACCUUUAUGAGAAGUCGAGGGCAAUCUACGAAAGCCGACGUCCAGAGUACGAGGAGGUGGAGGUGCACCUGCUGAGGGAGAAGACAGGGUUCGGCUUCCGCAUCCUGGGGGGAGACGAGGCCGUGCAGGCUGUGAGUCCGGACGCCCGUGACAAGAUUGUUAUUGGCGCCAUAAUAGAGAACACACCCGCUGAGCGUGAUGGGCGGCUUCAACCUGGGGACGAGCUCAUUUCUGUGGAUAAAAAUGUGGUUGCUGGGAAACCACACAAAUACGUAAUAGACUUAAUGCAUGCAGCGGCUCGCAACGGCCAAGUCAGCUUGACUGUGAGAAGGAGAGUGCAAAUGCCUGGUGAACUGUGUCCUGUGAAUGGCCGCAGCCCCGGCUCAGUGUCGACACAACACAGCUCUCCACGCAGUGAUGCAGCCUCAGCUUCAGGCCCUCCAGCGGUUGCUGCCCCUGCUGCCACUUCUCCUCCAGAAGGAUCCGCCCUGCAAACCAGUGAUGUGGUUAUUCACCGCAAAGAGAAUGAGGGCUUUGGCUUCGUCAUCAUCAGCUCCCUGAACAGACCAGAGAACGCCGCUGUCAUCACUGUGCCUCAUAAAAUAGGGCGCAUCAUCGAGGGCAGCCCUGCAGACCGAUGUGGGAAGCUGAAGGUGGGCGACCGGAUCCUGGCUGUGAACGGACAGUCCAUCAUCAGCAUGCCGCACGCAGACAUUGUCAAGCUCAUUAAAGAUGCUGGGCUAACAGUCACACUACACAUCAUACCAGAGGAGGGUUCCCAUUCUGGGCCCAGCUCAGAGAAACAGAGCCCCAUGACCCAGAAACAUAGCCCACAGACCCAGCCCAGCCCUGUAGCCCAGCCAAGCCAAGGAGGCAUCCAGCCCAGCCAAACAGCUCCUCCGCCGGGCCAUACGGCCCCUCAGCCAGGUCAAGCACCUGUCCAGCCCGGCCAGACAAGUCAAGCGGUGACGGGCCCUCCUGCACCAGCAGCCUGCCAGCCUGCACCAGCUGGAACCCAGCAGAGCCCGGUCAGCCAGCCGUCUGGUCCCCCUCCACAGCUCUACCUCCACGAUGGCAGGUCAGAGGUAAAAGCAAGACAGGAUGUCAAACCUGACUUCCGCCAUCCUCCGUUCACUGAUUACAGGCAACCUCCAGUAGAUUACCGUCACCCACCAGUUACUGAUUAUCGUCAGCCUCCCACACUGGACUACCGACACCCGCCUGGUCUGCUGGACUUCAGACAGCAUCCUGCAGCUGCACAGUUCCCCCUGGGGAUCCCUGCUGACUUCAGACCACAGGACUUCGAUUACUUCACAGUGGAGCUGGAGAAGAGCGCAAAAGGUUUUGGCUUCAGUAUCCGCGGGGGCAGAGAGUACAAGAUGGACCUCUUUGUGCUGCGCCUCGCUGAGGAUGGUCCUGCCAUACGUAACGGAAGGAUGAGGGUUGGGGAUCAGAUCAUAGAGAUUAACGGGGACAGCACUCGAGACAUGACUCACGCACGUGCCAUUGAACUCAUCAAGGCGGGCGGCAGGCGGGUCAGGCUGCUGCUAAAGAGAGGCACGGGACAGGUGCCAGAAUAUGACUGUACCAGCCCCUGGGAUUCCCUUUCUACAGCCCACUCUGCCCUGCAGGAAGUGACCCUCGAGCCCCACCAGAAUCCAUUGCACUCAUCCCAUCUAGCCUCAGCCCCAGACUCCCCUCAUCGACUCCCCCUAGGGGCCACAGUGUGCAAGGCAGACAAGGCUCCACAGCUGACAGACCACAGCUCCAUUAGAGGGGCUACAGGUGGCAGGUCCACCCAGCAAAAGUGCAUCAUCAGGGGGCAGGUAACCCCUCAGGGGUCUGGAGAGGUGGACUGUGGACCAGGUGACAGACAGCCCCGGGUUUUGCCUUCUAAAGCAGUCCUGGGUAGGUCCGUCGAAAGACAAGAGAGGCAGAAGGAGGCUUGCUCUCCCUGCUGUGAGAGGAAGGGCCUGCACACACAGGCGAUAAGCACCGUCUGGCCCUGGGACACAUAUGUGAGUGUGAAUUCAAAUGGAGCUUCCCUGGCCAGUGCAGAUGGACACGUCAGCCUCCAGGAGAGGCCAGUGUCCAGAGGUCUGUUCCCCAGAGAAGACGAGAGGGCCAGUGGACACAGUGGGCUCUGCUGCCCCUCUAAAACUAUGGAAGAUCCUCCUGUGAGGAGUGCAGCUGCCUCCCCCAGGCCCUGGAAUGUUCCUGGGUCUGAUAAACAGCCUGGCACCCUGAGGUCCUGGACCUCCACAGUAAGCAGGUAGAGAGGAUCUAGCUGGUUUGAACUGGAUCACACUGUCUGGCUCUUCAUUCAGUUUACCAUCAGAUAUCUGAGAAAAACAGUCAAUCUCCCUCGUUCCCUAUUUUCUGUUCUGUUUCUUCCCCAUGUACUUCUGAAAUCAUUUUUUUUUUUUUGUUCUUGCAAGAUGAUUAUUACACCCACCACCUUAAAAACAGAGAAACGUUCACAGCUGUUGUAACACAGAGUAUAAAACCUGAUGGAGACCACUCUGUACGAAUGCAUUUUGGACCCUUGAUGCUCUGAUCACAGAUGGAGCAGCGAUGUCUGAUUGCGAGUGGGGUCAUGCUUUUAACCGCUCGACCGUAUCCGGCUCACAUUGGUUAGUGCAACAUAACCUCAUAUGGGAGGAGAGAGACAUAUGUACAGCCAAGAGGUUUACUUGUGCUCCAUUUUCUCUGAGCGGUGGGGAUGAAAUGAGACUACAAAUUUGUCAGAUGGAGGAAGUGACACUGAAAGUCCUGGAGGACAUGGCGCUGGCCCAAGUGACAGCCCGCUUAACCCGACAUAUGUUAAGAUCACACGCCUACCAAUAUAUCAUAUACUGUAAAUGUAAAGAUGUGAAAAAUAUGUACAUUUUGGAAAACUCAAAAACAUACCUGUCUGUGUUUUUUUGUUUUUUUGAGGCCGUCUAGUAGUUAGAAACAUUGUAAAGAAAAGAGAAAAAAACACAGGACAGUAUUUUAGGAUCACUAUUUCCACGGCCUCGUCUACGACUACAUAUCAAAGACUGUGAACGUCACCAAACCCAGAUUGCUGAGGGAGGCAGUGGUCGUGUGCAUAGAUGUAAACCACCAUGUCAUCAAACAGGGACUCGCGUGUCUAUAUAGAGAGAGGAGGUCCUCUGUGGAGCUGGACCAGACGGUUCUCAUGAGAGACUGAGAAGAUCUUAGUCCCUCUUCUUUUUCAUCAAAUUCUACUUCUAGGUGACUGACAGCAGUUGGCUUAGUAAGAACUUUUCCGAUUUAUGUACACAACGAGAUCACAAGUCAACCAUGCAGUCAUUGUGCAGAAUUAUAAGCUGUGCUGUAUUCAUUUGAUGCUCAACAGAAAAACAAAUUGUCCAGUCUAUAUUUCCCAUUUCUAUGCCUUUUACUGUGCUAAGUGUACCACAUCACUGUGGGAGAAGGGGCAUCGGUGUGGGUAACAGGAGGCCGAUGGUUUUGCAAGUGGGGCGGAGUGCCUUACUCAAACUAAUGCAGAGCUGUUGCUGUCAUGAUUUGCUUUUGGAAACUGAAUGCAAAACAGAUGUUGAUGACCACGCACACAUAUCAGCAAACGGUUGCGCUGUGGAGCCUGUUUUCUUCGGACUUAACACCAAGCAGUAUCUACAGUUAUCUCUCGAUGCACUCUUAGCUUUAUAGCUGAUCAAAGUCUAUGGUUGCCCUUGUCCCCUGGUGUUGAAGAGGGGAAGAAAAUGUAGCCUGUAGCAUUACACCCUCCUCUUAGUGAGUAAUCUGGGAGAGUGGAGCUGUGAACGUUAUUCCAGACAGGGUUAUUAUCUAAGUGGACCACGGUUUUCUGUUGUGUUAUUGAUGAGUGUUAUUUCAGCUUUAUUUGUCUGUUCCACACACUUGCGGGCGGUGACAACACUCUGAAUCUGAACCCAAGAUUUUAGCAGAGGUGUGAAACAUUUACUCUCCGAAACAUCUGUCGAGUCGAGGCAUGCUGCUAUCGAACACCACAGAUAACAUCACCAUCAUUUGUUCGUCUCAACAAGAUGUUUGCUCUCGUUAAAAAAUCACUGCAGUUGUUGAGUACUGAAGGGAAAAAAAUAAUAAUAAUCACAAAUGUGACUGAAUGAAUGCAGCAUGAUGGCAGAUCCAAUCUGUUAUUGUAAACUGGCAUAAAAACCUAGUGGCAAACUGCUUUUAGUGAGACAGUGCACCUGCAGACUGGGACACUUAGUACGACCUCGUGCAUAAAGCGCCAUCUGGACUGAACUUGACCUGCAGUGGUUUGUGGAUUAAAAAAAAAAAAAGAGUCAUCUGAAUAUAUCUGAGCGGACUUGAAAAGUUGAAUACACCUGUGGUUCAAGUGAUAAACUCAUUAACAUGCUAGAAAGGAGCAUGGGAACAUGCCACUAGGCCGUACAUGGUGUUAGGUGUAUGUAGGUGAAAGAAUACGUCAUCCAGCCCUCCGUCUCCAUCCAGACUGUCCCCCUGCCUGCUCUGAGUGAUUUUGUAUUCAGAAACAAAAAAAAAUGCUUUAUUGGAACCCGUGAAGGAUGGCAAAUUCAUAAAACCCCAUUGAGAUCAAGUAUAACUGUGUAGUGUUAAUUGUGUACUAUUCACCUUGUACAGCUGUAUUCCUACAAAUAUGGUUUACUGUAUCAUUGAUACUGUAGUUUCAAAGACGUGAACAACUAUUUUUAUGAAAUGCGACAGUACUGAUAUAUUACAUUUUGCUAAAAAAUAAAAAACUUGUUUACUGAAAGAUAUUCUGAGAUACUGUCAAAUAAACUCUUGACAUGGUGUAAAAUA